AACUUGCGGCGUCAGGACGCGCGUGUUAUCGUCGGCCUCUUCUACGUUGUUGCUGCUCGACGAGUGCUCUGCGAAGUCUAUAAACAACGCCUCUACGGAAAAUCAUACGUAUGGUUCUUUAUUGGGUGGUACGAAGACAACUGGUUCGAAACAAAUCUAGAACGUGAAGGAAUCGACUGCACGGUGGAACAAAUGCGGGAAGCAGCAGAAGGGCAUCUCACCACAGAAGCACUUAUGUGGAAUCAGAACUCCAACCAAACUACGAUCUCCGGAAUGACUUCUGAAGAUUUCAGGUCGAGAUUGAACGAAGCUUUACGUGGCGCCGGCUAUGACAUCGACGGUGAAAGAUAUCCCGAGGGCUACCAGGAAGCCCCUCUUGCUUAUGAUGCGGUGUGGGCGGUGGCAUUAGCCUUCAACAAAACGAUGGAGAAACUUGAGAAAAGUGGUUUAAGCUUGAAGAACUUUACGUACACGAACAAAAAGAUCGCAGACGAUAUCUAUGAGGCAAUAAAUUCGACGUCAUUUCUCGGGGUCUCGGGCCUUGUGGCGUUUUCGUCGCAAGGUGACCGGAUAGCAUUGACGCAGAUAGAGCAACUGGCUGACAACCAUUAUGUGAAACUCGGCUACUACGACACGCAGGCGGACAAUCUCACGUGGUUGGACCGAGAGCGGUGGGUCGGUGGCAAAGUUCCGCCGGACCGAACUGUGGUGGUUAAUGAGUUACGGACCGUGUCUCUGCCGCUCUUCGCAUGCAUGACAGCCCUCUGCAUCGCCGGUAUCCUAGCUGCUAUCGCGCUCAUCAUAUUUAAUUUAUUACACCGACAUAGAAGGGUGAUCCAGUGGUCGCAUCCGGCAUGCAACACGGUAAUGUUGUGCGGGUGCUGCGUGUGCCUGGGCGCUGCGAUUGCGCUGGGCGUGGACGGACGCUGGGUGCAGCCGCAACAUUUCGCCGGCGUCUGCGCUGCGAGAGCCUGGCUCCUUGCCACCGGAUUCUCAAUGGCCUAUGGUGCACUAUUCACCAAAGUGUGGAGAGUUCACAGGCACACAACCAAGCCAAAAGUCGAUACUAAGAAACGCAUGCACGGGUGGAAGCUGUAUACUAUGGUGGGAGGCCUCCUGGUAGUAGACGCUGCGAUCCUGACUGCAUGGCAGCUCCGAGACCCUCUCGAGAGGCGCGUUGAAAUCUUCCCGCUGGAGAACCCGCGGCAUCACGACGACGAUGUCCACAUACGACCCGAACUCGAACAUUGCGAAAGUGAACACAACACCGUAUGGCUCGGUGUAAUGUAUGGAUACAAGGGUUUGGUGCUGGUCUUCGGGCUGUUUCUUGCUUACGAGACGCGAUCAGUGAAAGUACGGCAAAUCAACGACUCACGCUACGUCGGCAUGAGCAUCUACAACGUGGUGGUGCUUUGCCUGAUCACCGCGCCCGUCACCUUGGUUAUCGCCAGCCAGCAAGACGCGGCCUUCGCGUUUGUCUCACUUGCAAUUGUCUUCUGUUGUUUCCUAAGCAUGGCGCUUAUUUUCAUUCCCAAGGUGAUUGAAGUUAUCAGGCACCCGACGGAGCGACCCGAAAGCGGCCGGGGUUCAGGCUCAGGCACCGCGCCUGCCGACGAGGAACGGUAUCGUGAACUCGUUCAAGAAAACGAAGAUCUACAGAAGCUAAUAGCACAGAAAGAGGAGCGGAUUCGUGUGCUGAAGCAGAAACUAGCAGAGCGCGAGGCGGCGGCUACUGAUGUGACGCAAGAUGUACAGGAUGAACACAUCUAAUCGCCCGCAUGGCAAUCUCCGAUAGAAUCGUACUAGUAUAAAAUAGUUACGUGAUUAAUGUUGACUAUAGAACUAAUGAAUCAUUGCUGUAGCAAACUUCUUUAUGGUUAUUUAUUGAUAAGAGAUAAAGUGUUCUUAUAUACAUAGUUAGAUGACUGGAUGACAGUAAAUUCAAAUGUGCGAAACAUUAGAUUGUAUUUAUUACACGCGUUAAUUUGUUAUGAGUACAAUGUACAUAUUUAGUUUUAUUGAUAAUCCGGUUAGGUAAUUAUACCUGCAAUUGGUAAUGUGAUUUUGAUGACAUAACUUUGAAGAUAAGAUGUUCAAGGCAAAAAAUCUUUUUUUCGUAGCUCUAUAACAUUUCCUAGCGAUGUGCGAACGUAUAACGUUCGUAGCUACUAAUACUACGUGUAACAAGCGUAGCACAAACAUUUUUCCGAUAUUUGGGCAGCAAUAUGUGCUCCAUCAAGGAAAAUAAUUUUCCCUUCGCUUGCAACACAACAUUUGCUAUUGCUUGAACAGCUAAUUUAUUAAAUAUAUAUCUAGUGCUAGGAAAGUAGAGCGUACCAGUUACAAUUAGAUUAAAAAUAUUCAUUUAUUUUCCGUUAUCAAAUGUUUUCUAAUUUUAAAAAGAUGUAUCACCGUCAACACAUAUAAGUCUCGCUGCUGAGCACGGAUAUGCUCAGUGGCACGUAUUUAUAUGAUACAUAAGUGUAUUUAUUUAAAUAGUUUUAAUUAUAUCAAUUAAAUUGCUUUCGGUGCAAAUGGCUUUUUGUAGGUUAGAGACCCCUACUCCGUAGCGCAUGGAUAUGAACCUCGUCGGAAGGCCACAGUUAAUCGGGCAUAAUAAUAUAGUACAUAAAUGUGUUUAGGACAACUUGUCCCCGUUUUAGUUAGUUGAAGCUCUCAUUUCCGGUUAAAAAGUAAUAAAAAGUUGCUGCAUACCAUAUCUGGUUACUUUUAGAUGGUUUAGUCGUCAAGAUCGCAUGACCAAAGUUUUGUACACGAGCUACUAAAAGGUAUGCAUCACAUGAAAAAAUAAUGUUGUGCAAUUAAAAAAAAUCUAUGUUUGUUAUUAAUUAUUAACGGAUCGUUGCUCAUUUAUGUACCUAGUUAAAAGUAUGAAAUUACUCUAAAAAACAUUUAAUUCCCAAUUUUCAAAGUUUGGAGAUUUACAGGUAUUCACAAUGUAAAUAAAUAUAAAACCUUACCAAUUUUACAAAAU